AUGGGUAUGGUGAUGUGCAGCUUGAACAGUGCACUGUUCUUUUACUUCAAGAAGGGUGUGCUUUCAGGCAUCAUCUGCAUCCACGUGGAUGAUUUUUGCUGGGAUGGAGAGGACUUCUUUAGAGAUACAGUCAUCAAUUCAUUGAAGGACAAGUUCCUCAUCGGGACAACGAGCCAUGGUUCCUUCAAGUACAUCGGUGUGCACUUGGAAAGAGAUUCAGCCGGCGGAAUUGGAUUAAGCCAAGAUGACUACGUUCGAUCGUUGGAAGAGGUCAAAUUGGAAGAAAAGCAUAAGAGAAGUCGUUCGGAUGUGCUCUCGGAAAUGGAAAAGAGAGAUUACCGAGCAUUGGUUGGCCAACUGAACUGGAUUGCUACUCAAACUCGUCCAGAUAUUUCAUUUGACGUCUGUGAGUUGAGCUCUGUCUUUGAUAAAGCUCGAGUCGACGAUCUUAUUCGUGCCAACAAAGUCGUUAAGAAGGUACAAUCUCGUUCUGUGGUUGUCCAGUAUCCGAAGCUUCGCGACCAGAACCAGUUGACUAUUGAAUGCUAUAGUGAUGCAUCAUUCGGUAAUCUUAAAGACGGUGGUUCACAGGGAGGUCAUGUAAUCUUCAUUGUUGAUAGUGAUGGGAAGAGAUGUCCAGUGACCUGGCAGUACAAGCGACUUCGAAGAGUGGUGAAGUCUACUUUAGCUGCUGAAACUUUAGCUCUUCUGGAUUCGGCUGAGGCUGGGGUGUACAUCGCUACUCUAUUAGCCGAGUGCCUGAAUCUUUCUGUCGGCGACUUUGUCGUGAAGUGUUUCGUUGACAAUAGAUCCCUCGUUGAUGCCGUACACUCCACUAAAGCAAUUGAAGACAAACAUCUUCGUAUAAAUAUGGCAGUCCUACGUGAUAUGUUGUCAAAGCGUGACAUUCAAAGCAUCACGUGGGUUCGGUCAUCCUUACAACUAGCCAAUGUUCUUACAAAAAUAGGCGCUUGUCCUAAACCUCUUUUGUCAGCGAUUGGUGGCUGCUCCACCAGUAGCCAGUAG